AUGGGGUCUGUCAUGCUGAAGGAACGAAAGCGAAUAAUACUACGUUUUAUAUAUGGCCAGGAAAGAGUUGAAGAUCGAUUGGAUGAAAACGACAGAAAGAGCUUCUGGACUUGUAGAGAGAGGGGUGGCUGGAUUAUUAUAAGUACAAGCGCCGGCCCCCGGUACGGUGGGUUUCCGACGGCGGCUAAGAAUGUUUCCGAACGAAAGGCGGACAUUUUUGACAAAUCCACAAACAAUGAAGACAUAAUAGCAACGGUGUUAACAAGCGAAAGCGUAUCUGCAGUUUGGGUUGCAAGAUUACAUGGUAGCUUCACUAACUCAGUGCAAAUACACGAUAACAAAAGAGACAUGAUAGAGAGAGCAUUUUCCUGCCUUCCUGCAUCCCAUGCACCUCUAUGGACAUUGCUCGAUUUCAGUCCCCAACAUAUAACUGGCUGGUGUUAUCGACACGAAAUGAUGAAUGCCGCUCACUAUGCUGAUCUAUUGACAAUCCUUAUAGCAUCCCGCUUUACAAAAGGCUGUGUAGUAUACACCUUACAGCAUUUCCAAUUUGAGAUCACUCUAGGACCUAAGCCGAGAGUUCACUUGAACAUGCUCUUUUAUCGCUACUCAAACAGCUCUCCUCAACCCAUUAAAACCUGCUCCAGCACUGCUCUUUUACCACAGCUCCAUAUUCGAUCAAUAAUAAUCACAAACUCCUCCCUAACCGAGUGCUCUACACUAAUACAACACUCUUCCGCCGCACCACUACCAGGCUUACGCCAAGUGCAAAGACCGCAAUUGAUCCUCUACCUUUUCCAAGAAAGACUCGAAUCACCCUUUCCAUCUUUUCAAUCGCUCUCUAGUUCCGAGCCUGUUUUGUGUCGUUCGACGAGUUUGAAACUGCUGGGAUAUUCUGGAGGGUAUGACGAUGCCAUUUCUUGGUUCGCGUAUAGAAUGAAGUGGACUGAGAGUACUGUUAGUAUCUAUAGGAAUUACUUCAGUGUUAUAUCGCUAGGCUGGGUUUCCGUUUCGUGGACUGAGGUUAACUCGACAGGAGAAGGUCAAGGCAAAGAGCAAGAUUGCAUGACCCACAAUACAAUCUAUGAAUAG